AUGGUUUUGUUUUUACCUAAUUCAGCACCUCCUAAAGUAAAGAAUGUGAAGAUAAUUGGUCAUUUGCGGGAAAACAAUAAGGUCACUGUAACUGGAACUGUUACUGGAGGAACUGAAGGUUCUAGCAGAGUUCAGUGGUUUAAAACUAGUUCUUCAACAUUGGAUGGUGAGAAUAGCCUUGAUGCAUUGAGCACUGCAAAGAUUGCAAAGGCAUUCCGCAUACCUUUGGGAGCAGUUGGCUAUUACAUUGUUGCAAAAUUUACUCCUAUGACUCCAGAUGGUGAAUCUGGUGAACCAGCAUAUGCUAUAUCAGAAAAACCAGUUGAGACUCUUCCUCCAAGCCUAAACUUCCUAUCAAUUUCGGGUGACUACACUGAAGGUGGAAUAUUGACAGCAUCAUACGGCUAUGUAGGUGGUCUUGAAGGAAAAAGUGAAUAUAAUUGGUAUCUUCAUGAGUUUGAAAGCGACACUGGAACCUUGAUACUUGAGAGUUCUGGAGUUCUUCAGUAUUAUGUUACUAGGGAUGCAAUUGGUAAAUUCAUAUCCUUUCAGUGCAUCCCAGUUCGUGAUGAUGGGAUAGUAGGUGAGCCAAGAACUUGCAUGGGUGUAGAACGUGUUCGAUCAGGAAGUCCAAGAUUGCUUUCUCUACAAAUAGUUGGACCUGCUAUUGAAGGAACAACAUUAAGUGUUGACAAAAAAUAUUGGGGAGGUGAAGAAGGGAAUUCAGUUUUCCGAUGGUUUCGGACUAGUUCAGAUGGCACUCAAUUUGAAAUUCGAGGUGCUGCUACUGGAUCAUACAUGCUUUCAGUUGAUGACAUUGGUUUCUUUGUCUCGGUUUCAUGUGAGCCUGUGAGAAGUGAUUGGGCUCGUGGUCCCAUCGUACUUUCUGAACAGAUUGGACCUAUCAUACCUGGUCAUCCAACUUGUCGGUCAUUGGAGUUUCUGGGAUCAAUGGUGGAAGGGCAACGCUUGAGCUUUGUUGCAUCUUAUAGUGGAGGGGAGAAAUUAAGCGUGGAUGAAUUUCUUGAUUUGAAUUUAGAGGAUGCUGGAAAAUGCAUUGAACUUGUUUACACUCCAAUUCGCAAAGAUGGUGCAAAAGGAAGUCCUCGGACCAUAUUAUCUGAUGUGAUUGCACCUGCUGAUCCAGUGGGACUGGAACUUGUGAUUCCUAAUUGCUGCGAGGGCCAGGAGGUCAUCCCACGAAAAACAUACUUUGGUGGACAGGAAGGUGCUGGAGAGUACAUUUGGUUCAGAACAAGGAACAAGCUAAAUAAAUCUGAAUUGUUGGAUAUAUCAAAUGCUGGUGAUGAUGUUCUUAUUUGUGGUAAAACCUUGGAAUAUACUCCUUCAAUUGAAGAUGUGGGAGCUUAUUUGGCUCUGUACUGGCUGCCUACUCGUGCAGAUGGAAAGUGUGGAAAGCCAUUAGUCACAAUUUCCAACUCUCUAGUUGACCCUGCUCUUCCGGUAGUUUCUAAUGUUCAUGUGAAGGAGCUGUCUUUGGGUGUUUAUGCUGGAGAAGGAAAAUAUUUUGGUGGGCACGAGGGAUUGAGUGUCUACAGCUGGUAUAGAGAGACAAACGAGGGAACUAUCAUUCUUAUCACUGGGGCAAACUCUAGAACUUAUGAAGUCAUAGAUUCAGAUUACAAUUGCCGUUUAUUGUUUGGGUACACACCCGUUCGUUCGGAUUCAGUUGUAGGUGACCUUAAGUUGUCUGAGCCAACUGCCAUUGUUCUUCCAGGUGUGUAG